AUGAAUACCCUUUUCUUGGCCAGCUUAGCGAUGUGGUGCUUGUUCCCCGUCUUGGCCGUCGUACUCGUUCUUGUCUUGAAGAAGAAGAAGAAGAAGAAGAGGAAGUCGGGAAAGGCGGGAAAGGCGGGAAAGGCUGGGGGCCUAGCCUCUACUGAAGCGGGCCUGAAAUCCACCGCGAAAAAGGGCAUGCCAUCAGCGCAGAGCCCGUCAGCUGCUGGUGCUCCGGCCACACCCGUCCUCAGCAAGUCGAACGAACAGCGCGCCGCCGCCGAGCAGGAGAUGAACAAGCUGCUAGAUGAGAAGAGCAAGAGCCACCCCAUCGAGCAGUCCAAGGAGAAGCCCGAAAAGCCGGCUGCCAACCCCCGAAUGUUCAUCCCCGCCAUGCCGAACGAGGGCGAUCCGACGAGGACGCAGACCGAGGGACGAGGAACAAGGCCUGAACACAGAUCGCUGCUGCCGCAUCAAGCCAUUUGUCAUCGACCGAAUAAGCCCCGCGCACAAGCGGUCUCU